CUUUGCUACAGGCAUUGGUCGUUUUUCAAAUUUUCCGUUGGUCUUUGUUGUUAUUCCGGUUGAUCUUCGACUGCAACUUUAUCAUCGCACCGGCGAAUUUCAGGAAAUUAUUCAUUUUUACUGACAUAAUACAAGGACGCAAUGGUGCUCUCCACCGUAGCCCAGUUCGACGAAAUGUGUCGACUGGGAGCUUGCCUGUCUGAAGGCGUCGAGGAAGAAUUUCUGGCGUUCUGCACAAACCAGGAAGAUUGCAGGAAGCAGUGGCUUCAAGCUGUUUUUGAAUGUCAACGUUUACAAGCCAAGCUGGCGGACAGCAACCAUGCUUUGUCUGAAAUGGAGAACAAGCUGGAACAUGCAAGGAACCUGCUUGACCAAGAAAAAAGGCAGAGACGCAAAAUCGAACAUGAAAGAGAUGCGCUAGAGAAGCAAAUUUCACUGGUGCGUGAUAUGCUCGAGAACAACAAAGUGAAUGAUGAGACUAGAGAAAAGUUGGCAUUCCUCGGAAACAUAUCUUCUGGCCAUGUCCGACACGAGAGUGAAGUUAGGCAUGUGCCCUUGGAUGUCAUCAAUGAGUUCGAAACAACUGGAUCAAUUUUGUCGGAGCUGGGCUACUCUCAAUCAGACGAUGAGAUGGAAGUUUCCAUCCUUAGGAAUGGCAAAACCAGGAGACGUUCCUCUCGUCCGUACAUACCUGAAGAUGCUGCUUUUAUGCAAUCCAAACGGAGGCGUUCGAGCAAGGGUAGAAAGUCAAUUGAGAUGGAGGUGUCAGGUGGGCACUUGGUUGCCACAACCACAGUGACUGUAACCCCUCAAAUAGGCUCUGUCAAAGCAAGAUCGAAGAUGGAGUCCGUUGCUGCUCCUUCUGCACCUCCCAUGGAAGAUUCACCAUCAACUGAUGACUCGUUCUGGAAGAAAGCAGGCCCGAGCGGUGCAUUUGGCCCAGGUGGAGAUGCGAUGGAACAGCCGGCCAUCAUUGGCCUGCCAUCAACCUUGGGCCGCAUAAACUCCCGCAACCACGUUUUUUGUACCAAAAACAUUAUCAAGCCAGAAACAUGUGGACCUUGCAAAAAGAAGAUCAAGUUUGCUGCCAAGGUGAUGAAGUGUGUAGAGUGCAGGGCUGUGUGCCACCCUGAUUGCAAAGAUGAUGUGCCUCUGCCUUGUGUGCCAAUGGGAGUCACUCCGAUGAAGAAAAUGGGAUGCAUUGCGGACUUUACAACCAUGACUCCACCAAUGGUGCCUGCAAUAGUGAUUCAUUGCAUCAAGGAAGUCGAAAAACGAGGAUCAACAGAAAUUGGCAUUUACAGAGUGCCUGGAUCUGAGAGAGACGUGAAAGCUCUAAAGGAGCGAUUCUUGAAAGGCAAAGGUGCACCCGACCUCAGCCAAACAGAUAUCCACACCAUUUGUGGGACUCUGAAGGAAUUCCUUCGUUCUCUGAAGGAACCUUUGGUCACCCAGUCACAGUGGAAGGACUUCACCAGGGCUUGCGAGCACCGUGAUCCUGCUGAAGUGAAAGCGGCGAUGUAUACGGCCAUCGCAGAACUGCCACAGCCCAACAGAGACACCCUGGCCUUCCUCAUCAUGCACCUGCAAAGGGUUGCAGGGUGGGAGGAAUGCAAAAUGCCCAUCGGGAACCUGGCUAAGGUCUUCGGGCCUACAAUAGUUGGUUACUCCACUGACGACAUGGACGCCAUGAGAAUGGUCACUGAAACGAGGAUGCAGCAAAAUGUGAUGACUGAACUUCUCAACAUUCCAUCCGACUACUGGGCAAACUUCCUGAACAAAGAGUCAGAACAGUUGACCACACCAAAAUCUUUGUUCCAAACCCCAUCCUCUGCAUCGUUGAGGCGCCAGUCAUCGUUGAACAAGCCAGGUUUCUUCACCAACACUCCCAGAUCAGCCAGGAUGCUGCUUGGCAAACGAGAUAAAUUCUUCUCCACUCCAGAUAAGUACUAGAAUAUUUGCAUAUGAAUCUGUAUUAUAUUAAAUCUGAAAACCUAAUUAUGUUCUUGUUCUCUUAUGAAGUAUCUUGUUUUAUAUACUAAAAUAGAUUUGUUUUACUAAAUAACAAACAAAAAUAAAUUAAUCUUUACAAAUAUUUGAAUAAAAAUUAUUAAAUAAAAAAAUGAAAA